AACCACCAUUGCACGUAUGCAUUUCUUAGCUUCUCUAAUAUCUAUAAAUAAAAUCCCAGUCUCUGCUCACAAGAAAUCUCUCUCUCUCUCUCUCCCUCUCCCUCUCCCCUCUCUCUCUCUUUCUACCUGUCUCUAAUAAUUAGCGGCUAAGUUUUCAAGAGCCAGAACUAAAUGAGGCAAGAGCCGGAGACAGAAGUAGCAGCUCCAUUGCCACCAUGUGCUCCUCACAGCAGCUCCUGCAGGUGGUGGCCUUACUCCAACUCCAAUGAUUUUGAAGCCAAUGCAGCAUUGAUCCUCAUCAUUCUAUCCACAGCACUCAUAUGCGCUCUUGUUCUCAAUACAGCAAUCCGCUGUUUCUUGCGUCGCAGCAGGGAGCCUAGCAGACCUGAAGAAGAUGGGGGAAAACCAGACAUGGAAGCAGCCUUGGUGGUGGCUCCAACGAUUGUGUUUUCUGCAGGGAUGAAGUUGGCAGGGACAGAGGCAGAGUGUGCUAUUUGCUUGUCAGAGUUUGUGGAAGGUGAGGGGAUACAGGUUUUGGGAAGGUGCAAGCAUGGUUUUCAUGUGCAAUGUAUUCAGAAAUGGUUGUCUUCCCACUCUUCUUGUCCCACUUGUCGUCGGAGUUGUCUCGCCUCGUCCACUUCAUCUUCAGAAGAAACUGAGAUCUGCUGCCCUGAAAAUGGUGACAAUACACAGAUACAGAUACAUAGUGGUGCCAGACAGAGCACCAUUGAACUUCUUUGAAGGCAUACCUUUCGCAAAUCAAUAGUUGUCUUAGGUAGCAAGUGUUUUCUUCCUUACCUACGACUACCAGCUAUCACCAGAUUCCCUUUUCUUUUUCUUUUUUUUUCUCUCUGAUUUGUAUACAAAUCCUUUGAAGCAUGUAAGGCUUGAUGCAGAUGUGUGCAAUAUAUUAGAUAGAAAGAGAGAUUCAAGCAACAGUAUUGGAAA